AUGUUGUGUAUUGACGGUCACAACAUAGAAAUGGAAAUUGACAUUGGCUCAGCAGUAACGCUGAUUUCCAACAACACGUUUAGUAAGUUUUCCAGUGCAAAGAAACUGGAGAAAAGCAAGACGGACAAAGACCCAGUCUCUUUAGACGAGAUUGGCUUGAACAGAUGUAAACGAGCCUCAGUCCAAGAAUUCGAACACAAAUAUUCAGAUCUUUGGAAACCAGACCUAGUACAAGUCACAGGACUUAAAGCAAAGAUCAAUGUUCCCGAGAGCGUGACACCCAAGUUCUUCAAACCACGUCUAGUUUCAUAUGCCAUCAGAUACCAAGUUAACGAAGAGUUGCAGAUGUUGGAAAAAGAAGGAGUGAUCGAACCAGUGCAGUUUGCAGAGUGGGCAGCUGCAGCUGUAUCCGUUCAAAAAACGAAUGGCCAAAUCUGUUUAUGUCGUGAUUACAGACUCACUAUUAACUGUGGCAUUCACACUGUCCAGUGCCCUUUUCCCAGGAGAGAGGAUCUCUAUGCGAAACUAUCAGGUGGUCAAAAGUUCACAAAACUCGACCUCAGCAGUGCUUUCUUACAGGUUCCACUUGAAGACGAUUCACGAUAUUACACUACAACCAACACCCAAAGAGGUCCUUACCAGUACACAAGGCUUCCCUUUGGAAUCUCUUCAUCACUUUCAGUUUUCCAACGCAUCUUUGACAACAUGAUCCAGGGAUUAGCAGGCACUGUUGGUUAUCAAGACGACAUACUGGUGACUGGCAAGGAUGACACAGAACACAUGGCCAACCUGAAUGCAGUACUUCAGAGGUUAUUGUCAUCCGAAAAACUUGAAAACUUUCCAUCAUUUGACCAAGUUAUCAAAGACAAGGAUCUUAAUCCUCUACACUGUUCACCUAACGAUGUUAGUAAGAUUUUAA